AUGAAUGAAAGAGAAUUAGUGAACGAAUUCCUUUGUCUGUUGGAUUUCAAAGAAAGAAAUGUUCAGAGUGAUGAAUUUACUUCAAUGGUAUGCAAAUGGGAUGUUUUUUCCGAUUAUGAUGAAACCAAGACUUUGGAUGAUAUAGUUAAAUAUGACAACCGUAUCUGGGAAUGUGGGGAAAUUCGGUACAUGUUGUUUUAUGAUGAUAACUAUGUUAAAAAAGGAAUGCUUAAGUUAAUUAGUUUAUUCCAGGAUGAGGCAUUUCUAAAUAAGAACAUCCUUUUUAAGAGGAAAAUGCUCAUGAUAAUAUUUCAGUUAGUAAGAGCUUCCGUUAUUAAUAAGGUUAGGGUGUAUUCCUCUCAAUUGGUUGACGCUAUUCUUGGAAAUAUUGAAAAGAAACAUGAUGAGAUAAUCUACAAAAUUAGCUGUUGCUUGAUGUUGGAAUUUGUGGAACUUGGGUAUGAUUCUGUUCAAUUUAAAAGAUUCCAAUCGGUUAUUCAAAGUGACGAAGAAAUAAUGAGAAAGUUACAAAACAUCUUCACCGACGGCAAUUAUCUUUACAAUUCUCUGGUUUUUGAUUCAUUCAAUCAGGAAUUAAUCAUGAGAGGACUCACAUUGAAGAGUACUACAUCAUCUUUCAUGGUUUCCUGCUGGGUAAGACUUUCAAGUUUAUGUUGGUAUAAACCCGGUGACCAGGACCAUGAAGGGUACAGAAUUUUUGAACUAUUACAUCCCAAUGGUUCUCUGUUUGUUUCUUACACAAUUGAUAAUGGAGAGUUGAUUCUAAAAACUUCUACAGAGGAACAUUCGUUUGAGUGUUUUCAAUUUCAACUAGACAAACUUUAUAAUAUCUCAAUUGCACACGUUUGUGAAGGAAAGAAGAUGACAAGGAUUGAUGUUUUCCUUGAUGGUAAUUUGAUUCAACCCAAAGUCGUACAGAACAUAUUUAACCAAGCUAUUUCAGGGUCAUUUUUUCUGCCUUCAAACUUGAGUUUGGAUUUGAUUGUAUCUGGGCCUCCGCACAGUCAUCAAGUGAUGGAAAUUUCCAAUAUUUAUGUUGUUGAGUCGGAUAAAUAUCGUGAUUGGGUCACCUGUUUUUACGCAUUGGGUCCCAAUUAUUCUGGAUCUUUCGCCGAUUCAGACGUCUCACGGUUUGUUAACUCUAAUACAUUAUGCCAAAGUGAACGCAAUAUUCCUACAAACCCCGAAACGUCAUUGUAUAACAUAUCGAGGCUAGAUUCUAAAGAGUUAACUCUUGUAUUUAACUCUGCCUCCACAUCCAACUCAGAGAUUGUGUAUUACGUCAAGGUUGAGGGGAAACUGAAACAGCUUUGUUUUAAAAAUGAUGCAGUUUUUAUCAAAAGGGGCAAAUCAAUAUUGAAUUCAUUAGACGCCUGUGGGGGGUAUAUAUGGUGUUUGACUUUGGUUGCAAAUGCGAGUACCGCAGCCUGUUUGAUACAAGCCUUAGAGUUUCUAUUUGAGUUGCUCAGCUAUUAUAAAUAUUUUGAAACCCGAUUUACCAGAAGUUGUGGCUAUGAGAUUCUGGCCGUCCUUUUAAAAUCAAAGAGAAAAUUCUUGAAUACUAACAUUCUUGAAUUGGUCCUAAAAUACACGGGCUACAAUGAUUCAAACCCAGAUCAGUCAUAUAUCAGACACACUGUUGCAUAUAAAACCCUUAUCUUAGAUUUCGAUAUAUGGCAGUCGACUUCAAAUAUUCAGAAUGAUAAUAUGAAUCAGUUCUUGUUAUAUCAAAUUAGUGUAUUCUCUCAGGAAAGUCAAUACUCGGCUUAUAAUAGAAACAAAUUAAAGGAAAUGAAGACUGCAAAAAAGGUACUUCUAAAUUUGAAAAAGGGAACAUUUGGUCAAAUACUACUGGAUACUAUUUCAAAUACCCUAAUGAUUGAAGCUAAAUACAAUCAUUCAAAUGAAUUUGUGAGGUUACUAUUGGAGCAUGUUAUAUAUUCCUUAAAUAGGGAGCAAUCAAGUAAAUACCAAUUUGAACUAGGGGGUGCUGUCAUUCUGAAGAUUGUGAAGUCACUAAUUGAGAGCAACAACAAGAUUAACGGGGCUCUCAGCACGAAAUUUUUGUUUACUGCAUUACAAGGGCCCAGUGAUAUGCGAGAGAUUGCACUGGAUAUUCUUCUUAAUUAUAUCACCUCAAAUGUUUCAAUAUAUUUGGCGUUUGUAAAGCAAGGGGGGUUUUACAUUACACUAUACUCUCUCAGAAAUGAUUUUGCAAAUUACAAAAUUCUGAACAAGUUAUAUGGAGCUACAUUUGGUUUAGAUUUUUUGGAAAACGAAAUCUACACUUUAAGUGAACUAGCUGCUCGCACGCACACCAAAGAGGUGAGAUCCGUCAAAAACACAUAUUAUUUUACGUUGCUAACCAACUUGAUGCGCUUUGGAGCAAAUUCAAUGAUUUCUGAGGAUGUUAUCCGAGAUUAUGUAAAUAUGCUUUUUAUUUUAAAGAAAAAUGAUGAAUUUACAGCUAAGUUUCUCAUGAAUACGGAGCUAAUCAAUUCCAUCUUAUUUGUUGCCACAACUUUGAAAAAGAAUGAAUCGUCCUUACUUGAAAAGUUUUUGGAGUUUUUAACCAGGUUGCUUAUUGACGAAUUAUACACAGAUAAUGAACAGACACUUAUAAUGAUGGAAAAAAUGUAUCAUGAUAGUCCAAAUGAAUUCAGUCUGAUCAUGAUUCCCUUGAUUCUACGUAAAAUGAAAACAUUUGAACACCUGAUGAACUUGUUAUUUGCCAAUUUAAACAAAGCAACUCGGCUAGCCAAACUUUUGAUCAAAUAUUUACAGAAUAAGAUUGAUGUUGAAAUUGAUAAGUUGGAAUAUUUACAAAGCAUGGAGAACGUCGUUUUGGUUAUCCCAAGAUUAACACAAGCUUCGGAAUCUUUUUCUGCCUUAAUUCCUAUUGCACAAAUACUAACAAAAGAAUAUGUUAAGUCGUAUCUUCUGAUGUUCAGGUAUUAUUUAGAAAAUUUGGGAAACUUGAAUAAGGACCAUCAAUCAGAAAUUUUGAAAAUUUUUGGAAGGAUGUUUAUGUCAAAUCCAGAAAUCUUAUUAAAGAACUUAGACUCCAAGGGGUUUUGUUUGCUGAUUGCCUGCUUUAUGAAAUUAUUAAAACUAAACACUUCAUUAGCAGCUAACUGCAUUCGUAUAAUGCUUUUGGAAGUCCAUCCAACGGAACUUCUCAAAACUCUUGAUGUUGAUCCUGAAUAUGAUGGAACCCUUUAUGAUUUAUUUUGCUGCGUCGUUAACAUAGACGAUACAGAAGUUUUCCAGAAGUUUUCUGAUGAAACAGUCCAUAGGUUCUUUGAAAAAGUGUACGAGAAUGAAUUUGGAACUAUGGGGUGGGAUAAUUUUACCAAACGAAAAACCAGUUUUGAAGAAUAUGUAGAUUCGAGAUUGAAAAUGGAGAAAUCAGCCAAAUUUAUUGAAAACAACAUUGAACUUUACAGUAAAUUGAUUUAUCAAAAAGAAUCCAAAAUAGUCAACUCAUUUAUUCAGGAUGAUAUUGACGAUUUCAGCUACUAUAUGAAUAUGUUUGUCAACUUGAUGGCCAAUAUUUCCAGUACUGACAUGCAAAAGCAUAAAGCCUUGAGCUUCAUCGAGGGAAAGAAUAGAAAAAGGAAUAAAGUUGUUGAUGUUUUAUCAAAUGAUAACUAUGCUAUAUUUGAUAUUACUGAUAUACAAAAAACGACCAGCAGUACAGAAAACUUCUCGAUUUUAAAUGAUGAUCUUGAGGAUUUUAAUUUUGUUGAUUCCAUCAUCGUUACUAAUGAUGAUUUUGAUGAAAAUAGAACCAGAAGAGUCGUUAGAAACUUAUUUGUCAAUGAUCGUGUUAGUGAUAUAUACAAUGUGACACAAAUUGUAGGGCUGGAUCCUAUUGAGUCUAUUCUUGUUUUGGGUUCUACGCAUAUCUAUAUUGUGGAGGGAUAUUUUUAUAGCAAAAAUGGUGAAAUAUGCUGUGAUUAUGAAGCACCAGAGGAAGAAAGAGAUGAGAUUGUCAAGAUAUUGAGAACUGUCAGCUUAAAGGACAAUGUUGAUACUAAUAAGUCUUUAAAACAUCUACGAAUUCACAAGUCAAGGAGUUGGCCAUUAUCUACAUUAGUGGCUGUUUCUAAAAGGAAAUUUUUAUUGAGAGAUGUUUCAUUUGAAUUAUUUUUUAAAGAUGGACUUUCAAUAUUACUAUCGUGUGGCGACACGAGUAAGAGAGAAAAAUUAUUUAAUAAGCUAUCAAGGAUUGUUGGUGGUAAGUUAAUCGAUAAGAGUUUUGAGGAGGCGUUGAAGCUUUCAUCACAACAAAAAAUCAAAUCUAUCACGAACAAAGAAAACCUUUCCAGUUUCAUGGAAUCAUUAGCCGUUUCCGAUGUUUCCAAAAGUGAAAUCACUAAAAAAUGGAGAAAUAGAGAAAUAUCGAAUUUUCAAUAUUUAAUCCUACUUAAUACAAUAUCGGGGAGAACAUUCAAUGAUCUCACACAAUAUCCGGUUUUCCCCUUUGUUUUGUCCGAUUAUUCGUCCUCGACUAUUGAUCUAAGCGAUCCUUCCGUUUAUAGGGAUUUUUCCAAGCCUAUGGGUGCACAAUCACCAGGUAGGGAACAACAGUUUAGGGAUAGAUUUGAAGCAACCCAGGAAAUGUCACAAGACACUCCUCCAUUCCAUUAUGGUACUCACUAUUCUUCCGCCAUGAUAGUUACCUCAUAUAUGAUACGGAUGCAUCCAUUUACAGAUUCUUUUUUGAAACUUCAAGGCGGUAAAUUUGACCAUCCAGCCAGGUUAUUCCACUCGAUCAAUAAAUUGUGGACUAGUGCUUCAAGUGAUAACACUACUGAUGUCAGAGAAUUGAUACCGGAAUUUUACUAUUUCCCCGAAUUUUUAACAAAUUCAAACAAGUUCAAAUUUGGCAAUUUACAAGACGGGACUCCUGUAGAUGAUGUUGAAUUACCACCUUGGAGUGAUGGUGACCCGAUAAAGUUUGUACGUAUAAUGCGAGAGGCACUGGAGAGCGAUUACGCUAGUGAGCAUUUGCCCGAAUGGAUUGAUCUAGUGUUUGGAUACAAGCAGCAAGGACCAGAGGCUAUAAAUGCUACCAAUGUUUUCCAUUAUUUGAGUUAUCCAGGAAGUGUUGAUUUGACGAAAGUGAUGGACGAACAUGAGCGUGCAGUGAUGAUUUCCAUUAUACAUAAUUUUGGACAAACGCCAGUGCAAAUUUUUAGGAAAAAGCAUCCAUUAAGAAAUAAAGAAGUAAAGCUGGGAAGCAAUUUGAAGUAUAAUUUUCAGGUUGGUUUUAAGAAUGUCAGGACCAAUGUUGAGAAGAAUACUUAUAAGGUUGAGAAGUUCGAGCUCGACGAAGAGAAUAGUGUGUGGUUUGGAGUGCCACCAAAUACGUGGGUUUAUAAAAAUCUAAAAAUCGAAAAGGUUGGGAUUAAUUCUCUGUUGAUCAACGGUAACAUCUUUGAAGAGCUUGUCAAGGACGGUGAAAUAACCUCAGUCUGCAUACUCUCUGCAUCGAGAUUCAGUAUUGGGUGUAAUAAUGGACUUAUUAGGAUACUUGAGUUAACAAACGAUCCAUACAAGUACGUGCUGAACUCACAGAGAGGUCUAAUCAAAUUAGAGCAGAAUAAGGGGAAACCACGAGCUAAGUAUGUGUUACUGGAAUUGGAAGAUUUCUACGGUGGACAUUAUGGAAAUGUCAUCAAACAGAAAUUCCUCAAGAAUGACCAAGUUCUAAUAACUUUGGAGCGUGCGGGAGACCAUUUAAGCGUUUGGAACACAGGCCGUGGGAUUCAUUUGAUGUGUCAGUUGAACUCGUCGGACGAGAGUAUCAUUGACUUUGAUGUUUAUGAAGAUGAUAGUUUGGUUGUUGGGUUGACUGGGGAGCACUUGUACAUCUGGAGAUAUAAUGGCGAACUCAUCCGUCAAAUAUCGAUUGAUAUAAACCCUUCUAACCGGCAUUGGGUCCGAAUUUGUGAGAACCAUAGUGGAAACGAUUUUAUGAGGGGGCUACUACUGUUGGUUGAUGAUGGGGUAUAUUAUUUAGAUGAGGCUUUCGAGCUAGAAAGAAUUGCGGCUUUGCCGGUUGGUGAACAUGUAGGGGACGUACGUUUUGGGUUUUCCUUCGAGAGAGGGUUUCGGGUGGUGUAUUGUGUUGGAAAUGAAAUCAUCAUGGUGGAGUAG